UUGCUACGAGUGUUUUCCUUGUUCUGUUCAUUGUGUUCCUAUCUAUUCAAGGAUAUGAACUGUGCUUCUUUACAGAAAUUUCAAAGGAAAUACUAUAUCCUACAUUGAAAAAAAUGUGUGGAAAGCAUAUCGCUGGGCUGAGACUUUGGAUUUAUCCUGUAAUAAAGUAAAAUUUAUUGAAAGAAGUACAUUUGAAUCACUCCCCUUUUUGACAUCUAUGUAAGUUAUAAUGUCAUCUUUGGAAUUACAAAAUCUUGGUUGCAAUUUACUCACAGAAGUGAGUUUUGGCACAUUUCAGGCAUGGCAUGGAAUGCAUUUUUUGCAUGUGAUAAAUCUUGAUCAGAAUCCAUUGACAACUGUCGAAGAUCCCUAUCUUUUUAAUUUGCCAGCAUUAAAAUAUCUAGACCUCGGAAGAACACUGGUGUCAAUCAGCACAGUUGAGAACAUCCUCAUGAAGUCUCUCGAACUGGAAAAACUGAUCUUACCGAACUCCAUGGCCUGCUGCCUCUGCCAAUUUAAAAAGGAUAUUGAGGCUGUCUGCAAGACAGUCAAGCUGCACUGUUGCAGUGAGUGUCUGACAAACACUCAAUCUUGUGUACCAGAACCAACGACGGGGAAUCCCAAAGCGGAAUUCCUGAAGAUACUGCAGGCCCGGAAGAGGAACACUAGCACGAAAUUGUUGAGUCAGAGAAUUCAGAGAAACAUUAAGUUUGGCAUUCUAGACUCUACAAUCAUCAGGACUCUGCAGAUGGACUGUGCGGACCCCCAGGUGCAGCUGGCCUGUGCCAAGCUCAUCUCCAAAACGGGCUUCCUCAUGAAGCUCCUCAGUGAGCAGCAGCAAGUGAAGGCCAAGGCAGAAUGGGACACAGCCCGCUGGAAAGAAGAGGACUACAUCAGCGAGAGCCCAGGAGGCCAGACUGAUGCAGGAAUGAUCGAGCCAAGUGAGCUCAAAGAAGUCCCAAGAUACAGCCGUAACAAAAUACUCAUCAUGGCAAUAUCUGUCACUGUAGCUGUGAUGAUCUUAAUAACGGGAGCCUGGCUCGUUGGGAUUUACUCUCACAGGGCAAGAGCCGACGCCGAGGAGGAGGACAUAGGAAAAGGUCUAAGGGACCUUUACGAAGAUUCCCUCAAGGAAAGACGGGAGAAGAAGCAGGUGGGCUUCUUGGUGAGGUGGCUGCGCUGGCUGAGGGGUGAGCGCAAACCCCGCCGGGCAAUGAGCCAGAAGUAAAUGGCUCAAAGGUUGUAUAAUGAAAC